AUGGACAAAUCAUUGGGAGUUACCGCAUCAACAAAACCAUCGGAACAAAAGACAUUUACCAAUUUACCUAAAGGACUCACACUUGAUGAUAUGUCCUUCUGGUUGAAAUAUAGAGAGGAGAUUAAUUAUGCUCAACCAACACCCUUCUCUGUUCCUCAACAAAAGAAGCCAUCAAUCAAGGCUAAAGCAACUAAGAAGAAGGAUCAACCUCUCAUUGAAGAAAUUGAUGAAAAGAGUAAGAGUGCAUCUGCAACAAAGGUGUUUUGUGUCAAGAGAAAGAGAAAUGAAGAACCUUUGGAAACAUUUUACAUUCCAUCUAUUCAACAAUCGAAAAAGACUAAAAUGUCUGAUUUGGAGAAGCAAUUUGCUUCUACUUCAUUGAAUAAGAAGAAGGAUUCUUCAUCCUUUUCUCUGGAGCCAUCAUUCUCACUCUAUAAAUUUACCAUUGUGAAGAGUGAAAAGAAAGUGGUGGAAGAAAAGACAAAGCUUUCGGAACAAUCUUCACUCAAACAAGUCACAAAUAUUAAAGCUAAAACUACUGAGAGAACUAAAGCUCAUGAAAGUGACAUGAAGAAGAAGAGAAUGUUGAGAAUUAGUGAGAUGAGAAAUGAAGGAAAUAAGCAAAUUGUGGAAUUGCAAGUUUUAUCUGGAGAACAAACAGAGAAAAAGGAAGAAAAGGUUGACUUGUCAAAUUAUGCUUCCAUGUUGGAUGAAAUUUAUGGAAAGGGAGCCACUGAAUCAAUGCAAAAUAUUUGUGAUAAUGAAUUUGAAGUUGAUUACUAUACUGUUGAAACAUGUACAAAGAUGGAUGAUAUUGACUCUGAAAAUUAUGAAGAUCAACAAAAUGUAUUGAGAUUUGAAAGAUUUGAUGAUCAAUUAUGGCUUGAAAGUAAUUUGGAGGAUGAGUAUGGUUUUGCUCAAGAUGAUGAAUAUGAUUCUGAAGAUUCCAAUGCAUCUGGCAAUCCAAACAAUGAGUAUCCAGAUGAUGAAGACAGUGAAGAAGGAGAGGAUGAACACCACAGACAAAAUAACUACAAUUACAAUGAUAUUUAUGGCUACCCAGAUGAUGAAGAAGAAGAAUGGGAUGAUGAAGAAGAGGAAGAAGACGAUGAUGGAAUGGAUGAUUUUGGUUACUAA